AGAGCCAGAGCCGCCGCGCCAACUUUCUGCUGGCUGCAGAAACGUCGACGAAAGAGAGAAGAAAUAAGGAGGAGAGAGAAUAUCGGGGGCCACAACAAAAUCGCUUAAUCGUCUUCGCGACACCGUGCGAGCUUGACGCGCGCGCGCGCUUGCCCACUACACUAUACACUGCUGCAGUCGUCUGCAGUUUGUUGCAUAUUUCACUCCCCCCGUGUCAGUCGUCUGUUUACCUUCUCUCGUACGUCGUCGUCGUGUGUCAGUUCCGAAUUGUCAUUGUCGUACGUUUUCUUGUUUGUGCUGUGCAUGGAUAUAUUUCAUUGAUAAAGAAAAAAACGACAACACGGCUGCUUCAGUUCGUUCGUCGUUGGCACGCGAAGAAGACGACGAAAAAAAGACGUCGACCACGAUGUGAUGCUCUCAUGACGCUUUUCAUGUUUUCUUCGUUCGAGCCGCUGCUGCGAUAGUAGCUUCUCUCGCGAUCGAGUGUCCGCGUGUGCACGUCUCUAUGUGAGUGUGUGUGUCUGUGUGUGCGUGUGCGUUCAUUCACAAGUGUCAAAACAACCACUCAGUGAGUUCGUGUGAUUUCUGCCUUUGACUCGCAACACGGCGUUUCCUCAAAUCUAUGACUUUUAUCCCGCAAUUGCAUCCCGCGAGUUACCUUAUCAGUGCAGUUUUUUGUUGCUCUUUCGACGUCACUUUUUCAUGUUUUUGUGUUGACAAGUGUCGAGGAUAUAUAUAAAUAUACGAUAUACAUAUUAUUAAAAAUAUAUUCAAAGAAAUAAACGUGCGCGCAGAACGAGAAGGAGAGAUACACGAAGAGGGGCAAUGAGAGAGACGUCGCGGCGUCCGAGGAGAUCGUCGUCGUCGUCGUCCACGAUGUUGCCGCGCGACGAAGCUGAGUCAACGAUAACUAAUCUACCUGUGUAUAAGUCGUCGAUGUCGUAUUAAAAAAAAAAAAAGAAGCGAAGAAAAAGUAAGCAAGAGAAGCAGAGGCGAGGGAAAACGGUAAUCAGCGGAGAAUCGAUCCGUGGCUAUUGUAAUCGAAGCGAGGAGAGAAGAAGAAAAAGAAGAAGAAGAAGAACACGACUAGUUGUAGCGACAGCGGCGUCAACAUGGUCAGCGGAGGGAUGGCCGGGCAGCACUACUGCCUGCGCUGGGACAAUUACCAGUCAAACAUGACGUCGGUGUUCCAUCAGCUGCUGCAGAACGAGGCCUUCGUCGACGUCACCUUAGCGUGCAACGAGGCCUCCCUCAAGGCCCACAAGGUCGUUCUGUCGGCGUGCAGCUCGUACUUUCAGAAGCUGCUGCUGUCCAAUCCGUGCACGCAUCCGACCAUCAUCAUGCCCCAGGACGUGUGCUUCAAUGAUCUCAAAUUCAUCAUCGAGUUCGUCUACAAAGGCGAGAUCGACGUGACCCAGGCCGAACUGCAGUCGCUGCUGAGAACGGCGGAUCAAUUGAAAAUCAAGGGCCUGUGCGAGGUGUCGGCGGAGACCGGAGGCGGCGACGUAAUCGGCCCGUCGGCGGUCAGUCUCAGCACGCCACCGGCCGACUAUCUUCCCCAUCAUCGUCCCCAUCAUCACCAUCAUCGGGCCUCGUCGCCGUAUCGUCAUCGCUCGUCGGGAGGCAGGCGCGAAGGGUCCGCCGCCGGUGGUGGUAGCCUGUCCACGCCGCGCCUGAACUGGACCAAGUUCGGCAAGCAUCAGCGCACCUCGCCGUCCUACAAGCGAUCGUCGACGCGCAAGUCCUCCGCCGCAUCGCAGGCCGCAGCCUCGUCUUCCUUUCUGCAGCCCCAGCCGGCCCACGAGGCGACGAGUCGCGCCGCGGCUCGCCACCCCAGACACAUCGCCUACAAUUAUUAUCAUCACAGCCAGUUGGACACCAAGGCCAAGUACAAGCAGGAGGAGGACGACGACGAAGACGACGAAGAGGUCUACGCGCGACUUUGCGCCAAAGAGAAUCGACAGGACUGCUGGUCAGGCAACGACGAGGAUGACGAGUGCAUGGACACGACCGGCCGAGCCAACGUGCCCGCCGCAGCGAGUACACCACUAGUCGUGCUCGACUCCAGCCCGUCCAUCAUCAACAACAACAACAACAUCAACAAGAGCAACAACAACAACAACAACAACAACGAGAAAAAAUUAACGACGACCAACGGGGCCGCAGCCGGCGCCGCCGAUCACCCAGACGACAGCAACCGAAGGAACAGCAGCAACAGCAGCAGCAGCGGCGGCAGCAGCAGCGGUGCCAGUCCCAGCAGCGCCAACAAUAACGCAGCCACCAAAACGAGCAACAACGGUGACAUGUUUUGUCACACGGGCCUCGGCCACUAUGGCCACCACACGGAUCCGGGCGAGGUCGACCUGCCGCCCGAGACUCAGCCCACGCCACCGAGCGCGACCCUCGUCGGCACGACCACGACGCACCUGCGGGAUCCCGACAACCACACGACAGAUAUCCAGAACUGCGACAACGACGUGAAGGUCAAGUUCGAGACCCUGCAGACGAUGGACUCGUCGGACACGAUCGACAUCGACAGCCACAUGUCCGACCGGGCGAGCGUCAGCUCCAAGGCCGACGACAACAUGAUGAUGAUCACGCCGGAACUGCUGGGCCUGAUGCCCUCCGGCAGCUCGAUACACUCGGACUCGCCCGGCGGCGAGAACAAUUCGCGAAAUCACUCGCAGUCCGGCUCGCAUCAUCACGGAUCCAAGUCCUGGACGCAGGAGGACAUGGACGCCGCGCUCGAGGCUCUCCGAAAUCAUGACAUGAGCCUCACCAAAGCUUCUGCCACCUUUGGGAUUCCAUCGACGACGCUGUGGCAGCGGGCCCACAGGCUCGGCAUCGACACGCCAAAAAAAGACGGACCGACCAAGUCGUGGAGCGACGAGAGCCUCAACAACGCCCUGGAGGCUCUGCGCACGGGCACGAUAUCGGCCAAUAAAGCUUCUAAAGCCUUCGGCAUACCUUCGAGUACUCUGUACAAAAUAGCCAGGCGAGAAGGCAUAAGAUUGGCCGCGCCCUUUAACGCGAGUCCCACGGCUUGGUCCCCGGCUGAUUUGGACAGAGCACUCGAGGCAAUCCGAUCCGGUCAGACCUCCGUGCAACGAGCUUCCACCGAGUUUGGCAUACCUACGGGUACGCUUUACGGGCGUUGCAAGAGGGAGGGUAUUGAGUUGAGCAGGAGCAAUCCUACGCCCUGGAGCGAGGACGCUAUGACCGACGCCUUGGAGGCUGUGAGAUUGGGGCACAUGAGCAUCAAUCAAGCGGCGAUACACUACAAUCUACCCUACUCAUCGCUCUACGGGCGCUUCAAGCGCGGCAAGUACGAGGAACCGGUCAUGUCGCAGAACGAGAUGUCCCAGGACGGAUCGUCGCAGCACUUUCACCAUCCGAGCCCGACGCAGAACAAUCACACGUCGCCGCUGCCCGAGCAGAUGACCUACCAGGGCAGCUGAAAUUUGCCCCUUUACUAGAUCGAUUGCCGGCCCGCGAUCUAGUAAAAGGUUCACGAAACGUGAUUCCAAAGAGAACACACGAAAAUAAAAAAUUUAACAAAGAGGCUGGACUCUUCGGCUGUCGUAUUCAUGCCGCAGAGUGAUAAUAAAAAAAAAAAAAAAUAGUGCGACUGAGCGAUCGCAGUAUUACGCGAAAAUGAAAAAAGUUAAAAACCGCGUCGAGUACGCGAGCAUUUAAAGUAGCGCAAGUAGAAAAAAAAACAACACUCGGUACGAAUGUUGAAAGCGCGAAAGGGCAACCAGCGAGACUGAAAGCAUAGAACGCACUAUGUAAUACUUGUGGAUACUUUCCAUCGGAUUAGUGAUCAUUCAUCGUCAUUAAUUUUUGUUUUUCAUUUUUCAUUGUCAUCAUUCAUUCAUUGUUGCUUCCAAGCAUACACGUUGUAUCUUCCGUUUAGAAAUUGCUAAAAAGACCUAAAAACAGCUAAACUUAGUUUUAUCUUUAAAUUUUAAGAGUUAUAUAUUAUUAUAUUGCAUUGAUAAAGGAGGAAAAAACACUACACUGUACAGUGGGACGAGCUACCCGUGAGAUUCGUAUUUUAAAUAUUAAUGAAUAUAAUAUAUAAAUAUAUAAUAAACAAGAAAAAACAAAAAACUUCAGCUGCCUGAGGAUUUUUACGUAAAUCCUUACAUUUGACUCCGAGCGAUGUUGGUGAGCAAACAAUGGAAUUGCGAGGACAAACUAGUUUUAAUAAAGAAAACAGAUAAACAUUUUAAACUUCCACGUUUUUGUUAGCGUUUUAUAGAUUAAAUAUUUAUAUAUAUUAUUGAGUAUAUUAUAUUGUAUAUCAAUUAUUUCAAUCGUUUUUAUCGAUUGUUGUUUUAAUUUUUAUGAGAUCGAUUAAUGAGCCUUUGUACUGUUAAUAAUUUUAGUUUUUAAUUAAAGUGAGUUUUCUUUCGAGAGAGAACUAUAAACCCGGUGUAUACCUACGUCUUUUCACGAUUAGCAUUUGAGAUUUGUCGAAAUUUAUUUUAUAUUAUUGUAAAAAGAUGCGCUUUAAAAAUCAACAAGCUUUUUUUUAACUUUAUUUUAGGAAGGCGAGUAUGGAAAGAGAAUGGAAAAUGUAUUUGCGAUAAAUAUAAUCAAAGUGGAACAGUGCAAAAUACGUAUUUUUAGGAAUAAAUCUUGAUUUGUGUAGAAAAAAACAUAGUAAGCUAAUUAAAAAAAAAAUAAAUAAAUCAUUUUCAAAGAUGAAACAAAAAA